UAGGUUGGAAUCCCAAACUGAAAACGCUGCGUACCGAUACCCGGUUGGGGUUAUGUAGGUGUGGCGGGAGCGGCGCAUACUUCGGUGCAGCUGAUACUACCACUUUACUCCUCAGAGCGAUGUCCGUCCCGUGGAAAUGAUGAUUAAAAGGCAGUUGGAUCACGAAUUGAGCGGAGAUAUGGUUCCGUACUGCGGAAAUGUUGCCGACAGAGAAACGCACAAAUAGCUAUGGACAACCUAGAUUGCCUUUUUUUCUUCGUGGUUGAGCAUCAUCCGCAUUUUGGCGCUCAACGCCACGCUGACCUCAAUGUCGAUUGCACAGCUUGACCUUAACAUGCAUGUUCAUCAAGGUCCAUCAAUGCCAGCAGAGCGGCAAAGAAAACUUUGCGCAACAUUUAGCGUGUCCGGGCAUCUGCAUCUAAAGAAUGUUCGUUCACUUUCACUCGAGAACGACGAGGAAGAUCUUCUCGCCCUCUCGACAGCCGCAGAGCUCCUUCACAUGCAGAAUGGAAUAGCUUCUAAUCCUUCCCGCAAACAAGAUUCAUCAGUAUCAGGCAGGUCCUUCCCAUCUAUAUGCCGUCGUCGUCUCUUUGCCUUCUUACUGUAUCGACGUCUUUGUAAUGCUAUAAGCGACUUUUGGGCUUCCUCUCAUGGUUCCCGCAAAACGACGGUGCUCGCUUCUGUUUUUCAGCCUAUCCGGGAACAAUGACAUUAUUUCCUUUGAUCCGAGGGCAAAGGGCAGUUCCACGGGUCAUUCCCAACGAAGCGGG